CAUGCUUUCUUUCCGAUGAUGUUUCACCAAUCUGGAAAUCAGUAACACGCGCGAAGAAAACACGUGGGCCAAUAAGAAAAUCCUACGCAGAAAGAAAUAGAUCUGACAGUGUAUGCAACCCUUUACUAAAGCGAUCAACUAUCAGUAAAAUUCGAUGAAAGUCGUAUAAAAUUUAACAGCCGCAAAGCUUUAUUAAGUGUGAAAGCGAAGUAAUACACAGCGUUUGUAAAAGUAGUUCAUUAUUAAAAAAAACCAAGCACGUGUUUGUGGCGCGCAAUGCCGUAUCACCAAAUGUUGUUGUCGUAAGGGUCAAAUCUGAUGUAAUGACACGGAUAGUAGUGACACAGUUACAGACUUCAAUGUACUUGUCUCAAACUAUGUAUUCUUGUCAUUUCUUUCUGUGUCAUCACUAAUAUCAGUCAUGAGUAGAGGAGAGCCUAGUCAUGCUGGACAAGAAAGGGCUUCAGAUGCAGAAUAUGGACUGCGUGAAGCCUGCGGGGUUUUUGGUUGUGUGGCAACAGAUUCCUGGCCUACUGAUCUUGAUGUUGCACACAUUGUGCACUUGGGGCUAAUUGGACUUCAGCACAGGGGCCAGGAAAGUGCUGGAAUAGUGACUUCAACAGGCGAUAACAGACAGAGGUUUUCUUCCAAGAAGUACAUGGGACUUGUCAACUCAUUUACAGAGGAGGAUCUUAAAAAACUGAGGGGGAACCUAGGAAUUGGACAUACUCGGUACUCCACACAAGGAGAUUCAGACCUGGUGAACGUUCAGCCUUUUGUCGUUGAGACAUUGCAUGGAUUGAUUGCUGUGGCACAUAAUGGUGAAUUGGUGAAUGCAGCCAAGCUAAAGACAAAGCUGUUGCUGCAUGGUGUAGGGCUUUCUACGGGGUCGGAUAGUGAGCUUGUUACACAGCUUCUUACUCACCAGCCAGACUGUGGUGAACCUAAUGGUGCCAACUGGAUUGGAAGGAUCCAGAAAAUGAUGUCUGAAGCACCAUUGUCUUACUCUCUUCUUAUACUCAUUGUAGACCGCAUUUAUGCCAUUCGCGAUCCCUUUGGAAACAGACCUCUUGUUCUUGGAAAGGUGCUGCCUACUACGAUUCCUCUGUCUGGUGGUAAAAGCUUGAAGAAUGGUGGGGAUAAUGAUGGUUGGGUUGUGUCUUCCGAGUCCUGCUCUCUGCAUGCUGUGGGUGCUGUUUAUUACAGAGAGGUUCUGCCAGGUGAAAUAGUUGAGAUUAGCAGAGAAGGCAUCAAGUCCAAGUGCAUUGUUCCAAGGCCAGAAGCUAAAUUACCAGCCUUCUGCAUUUUUGAAUAUGUCUAUUUUGCUCGACCUGACUCCAUUAUGGAAGGUCAGAUGGUGCAUAGUGUUCGACAGAGAUGUGGGCGCAGGCUUGCAUUAGAGUGUCCUGUGGAUGUGGAUCUUGUCAGCUGUGUCCCAGAGUCAGCUUGCCCAGCUGCGAUGGAGUAUGCCUCAACUCUUGGCUUGCCCUACAGAGAGGUUCUGUGCAAAAAUCGCUAUGUUGGACGCACCUUCAUUCAGCCAAGCAUGAGAUUACGGCAGCUUGGAGUAGCAAAAAAGUUCGGGCCACUGACUGACAAUUUUCGCAACAAGCGCAUCGUGUUGGUUGAUGAUUCCAUUGUGAGGGGGAAUACAAUGGCAGCCAUUGUACGUCUGCUGAAGAACUUCGGUGCUAAAGAGGUCCACAUCAGAGUUGCUUCUCCUCCACUUCGUUAUCCUUGUUACAUGGGAAUUAACAUACCUACACGUGAGGAACUUAUCGCUAAUAAUAUGAGCAUUGCUGAAAUUGCAGAGUUCAUAGGUGCAGAAAGUGUUGCAUACUUGUCCAUUGAAGGUCUGGUUGAAGCUGUGCAAGAAGGAAUCGAGAAAAAAGAAGAACAUGGACACUGUACAGCCUGUCUGUCAGGACAAUAUCCUGUGAAUCCAGAUUGGUAGAAGAGACAAUUAAUGUAUCCUGAGAAAAUUUUCUAUGAUAUUAACGGGAAAGUAAAAGAAUGAAAGAUGAGAUGAGUAAAUGUUGGGUUUUUUUAAUUUUGAUUAUUAUUAAUGCAUUUUUUUUUAACCUUGUCAGACUUAUAUCAGAACUAGAGCAUAUCAUGUUACAGGUUACUAAAUUUUCAAAGGAAGAGGUAUUACAGAAAAUGUUUCCACCCUGUUGUGAUGUCUGUUGUAUCUUUCAAUAAUUAUACUUUGUUCACGGGUAGAACUAAACUUUAGUUUGUUCAGUUUUGCUCUUUUGCACCCUUAUGGAAUGGUGGCAUAGUGUCGCGUUUGUAUAUUGAAGGAGAGAUGUCUCUUUUGAGUUGUUUGGAGGGGAGAGAUUUUACUAAUUGUUAGUGCAUUUGCACAAACACAUGCACUGGCUUCAACACGUGUUAAGUGCAAAAAGAGGUAUAAAGACUCAUCUUGAAAACUUGUUCGUGGUUUGUAUAUUAUCAGUGGCUUGACUUGGCCUUUUUUGGCUUCUUUAUAACAAAGUUGUUUUGCACAUAGUUUUUCUUAAUGAACCAUUCACCUUAUCCUGUGGUUAUCAUAAGUGUAAUACAUUUGGAAACAGGAAAGGCUGCUCAUAAAUACCAUUUCAUGAUAACUAAACAAUGAUGAUUAAGAAAGGACUACAGCCACAGGAGACAAUACUUCAGUAUGCAUUUAAUGUUUAUUGGAUGUGAGGAGGGGUUUAACUCCUGUGGCUAUAAAAUUAAAUAUGAGGCCUGGCAUUUGCUGUGUGUAAUGCAUAUAUUUAUGUCAGAAGAAUGUUAAGGGUAUUUCUCCACAGAGAUUCCUAGAAUUCCACUGGUGCCACUUUAUAAAUAAAAUUCUGCCUAAUUCAGACCACAUGCAUAGAUCCCCCCCCCCCCCCCCCCCCGAUUAUAUGAGCCUGAAUUCAACUUUCUAUUCUAGACACAGACAGUUCGUUGUGAUUAGAUUAAAAAUAGAAACCCAAAAUCACACAAAAUUCCCCCUUGUUACUUAUUAUAAGCCAUAAAAGGACAAGAUUUAAGAAGAAAUUGUGAACCAUAUUAAUAGUAUUUAUCAUGAUAGGCCAAAAUGUUGAAUGAAGUCCUUUACAAACCUUAAAUGAUCUCUGGAACAUGUACAGGUAUUUUUUUCUGCUCCUCUGACAUUCCUUCUGGGAGAACUUGAGAAGUGUGUAUGACAAAUUCAUUUGGAUAAUUUGCCCAUUUGACUUGACCUUAAAUAUUGAAUGCAAGCACAAUUACAAUUGGUUAUCUAUCUUCAUGUAUUAACAAAUUUAUUUACAGAUAUUGCUACUGUCCAUGGUGAAGUGGUGAUGUUCUUAUAGCAUGAAGUUGCCAUGAUUUUUAAACCUUUUGUUGUGUACAUAUUCAACUUCUCCAAAUGUCAAUUUUGUAUAGUAAAAUUAAUACUGCAUGCAAAGGGUGAUUGUUUUAAAAGGUAAAUGGGAGAGAACGUUUGGAUGUUUAUGAGUUGCAUCUAGUGAAAUCUGUGACAUGUAUCUUUUAAUUUGGCAGUGCAGUUUUUAGAAAUGUGUAAAAGUAUACAAAAAGUUUUCCCCACCUUCGGUACCAUUAUGUAGUCAUGAUGGAUCAAGUAACUCCUAAAAUUAGAAAACAUAAAACUGUUGUUAAGGUGAUCACUUUUUAACUUUUUUUUUUGAACUCUACGUUUACAAUUCACACCUGCGAUGUGAACAUCUUCAUAGCUACAGAUCAUUUUAAUUGUGCUCUGUUUUUCAAAGAGCAGUUUUGAAUGGUAAAAUUGUUUCAGAAGGCAGUUUGUGCUAUGUUUUCAUACAUAGUUUGUUAUGAAGCUUUUGUUAGACAUUUUUCGUUUUAUGUUUUAUUCAGAACUUUUAUUUCUGCUCAUUGGUAACUUCCUAAUAGAUUUUGUUAGUUUGCUCCCAACAUUAUGAUAGCACCUGCAUAAACACUUUUUAUGCGAAAAGGUAGCAACUGGUUUUUUAAAGCAUAUGAAGGGCUCGCAUAAAAAUUUUUUGGUUUUAAAUAUUUUUAUAUAUUUUUAAUAUUUCUCAUUUAAAAAAUGACUGCGAAGAUUAUUGUGUUCUCUAAUUCCCUUUGUAUAAUUUGAUUCUUGGUUUAUAUCAUUUGUCAAACCUGUGUAUGGUGUGUGCAUACAGGUAUUUUUGCUGUGCUGUGCAUUUUUUUGUUUUUGCAACUUUUGCCCAGUCUGAUGUUUGGUUUAAUAUAGAGGAUAUUUUUGGAAGUAAAUCUUGAAUGUAUGAUAUCGGUUUUGCAAUUCCCCUGAAGUAGCUUAUGUGUGCUUUUGUUAAUAUGUUCACUUGAAGACUACAUUCAUGAAUUGAACAGUAGCAGAAGUUGCAAGGCAGUUUGUUUUUGUUUUGUUGUUGUUUUUUUUUUUGGUGGGUGGGGACAGCUUUUGAAAUAGAAUUAGUUCAUGACAAUUAUUUUUGAACUAAGACUUUGUUCUGCACAAAUUUAACAAAAAUACAGCUGUGUUCUUAAGUUUGUUUAAAUUGUGUUCCUCAGAAUUGCUGUAUGGUUUGAACUUGGAUUUCAAAACAUAAACACACAAAAAGGAUCUAUUGGGGUUAAAAUCAUAGCAAUUGCAAUAGAAGACAGCCUAUAUUGUAGUGUUGAUAUUUUUGUCCAGUUAAUGCUAAUGUGAAAGAAGAAGAGCAAAUAAUCAAUUUCCUUACGAUUCUAGGAGCAAUGUGAUGAUCUAAAAAGAUAACUUGCACUGUGUGAAAAUUGCUGAUUCAUUGCAGCUUAAAUAUGCAUAUUUAUUUAGUUUGCCAGAUCAUUCUGUAUGUCCAACCGUUGCAUUUUUCCUGUUACUGCCAGUGGCCUGCUGAUGUACUCUUGUAAACCAUGAGAUCCCAACCCAGCUGAACAAAAGCCACUAGUCUUGCAUGACUCAUCACACAGGCUACUGUUUCCUUGACAAGCUGCUUCUUCAACCUUGUUGCUGGAGACUGGCUUACCUUUGCCUUCAGCUAUGGUUGCUUUUGUGUCUGAGGCAAGCUUUGAUAUCUAUCUUCUGUAAUUUUGCUAAAUGCCAAAUAUUUGGGAAAUUCGCUUUUCUGUAUGCAAUCACAGAAAGUUGUCAGACCUAAUUAACCUCCACUGGCAGGUUGGAACAGCCUCCCUCCCCUUUGAGUGCAACAGCCAGCAUGCUAUCAGCAUCAAUGGGUCCUGAAGAUACAGCUGUCAUAUACUAAGAAAUGGGCACAUAGCAUAUCAGCAUAUUCCCUUAGUCAUAGCUGAUGCUCCAGAGGUUGCUGAAUCUUGUGUUUAAAAGGCUUGGCUUCGCUUUGUUGUUUUGCUAAACUAAGCAAUACAGUGGCUGUCUUCUUUAAGGCAUGACAGCAAAGGAACAGUAUUUCCAGGAGACAAAAUUCAUCUUGCAAAAAAACAAGUGUAAGUACUUUCACUCCCAAUUACACCCCUUUGGUGGGUUACAAAUCUCACAUAUCUGCACCAUUUCAACCCAGUUUUUUGUUUGCUGGAUUUAUUUUCCACUUCCCUGCGGGUGUUCAAUGCUUUCUGCUGUACAGUCCAUUUUCCCCCAAAUGUGCUUUAGAUGCAGCAAGACUUUAUCCUCUCAUAUCUUUUUUGUACAAUGCUCCUGCUGUUUCUUCACUGCCAUUGUGUUGAAACAACCUCUGUGACAGUCAUGUGUGCACCAAAAAUUGACAAAAUACAUUGUUGCUGCCACCACUACUAUUACCACUGAUACUACUACAGCUAAAAAUCACAGCUGCUAGUCAAAAGAUUGUCAGAGAAGAAAAGCAGGCUAGGAAGGGAUAUUUUGGUUCAAUCUAUACUGAUGGCAUUUACCUCAACAUUAGCAGCUACACUAACCAUAAACACCAUGAACUCUGUUUUGAAAUUAUUAUUCUGUGUGGUUAUUUUUUUGACAAGUGCUUUGAUGGUAGGGUAAAAUAAAAUAACUACAUGCAA